AUGGCGGUGAGUGGGCUUGGAGGGCCCGAGCGGAACAACAGCUUCGUGGAUCCCAGCCUCGGGAACUGGUCCUCAGCGGGAGGGCUGGACCUGGUGGACAUCAGUGGCUUGUUCUACCCAGAGGUUUCGUUCGGCUUGAGGAUGUUCAUCACAGUUGUCUACUUGCUGGUCUGUGCCGUGGGGUUGUUGGGAAAUGGGCUGGUCAUGUACUUGAUCUGGGUCCACAAGGGGAGACCCAUGCCGGUCAUCAAUAUUUUCGUAUUCGGCUUAGCGGUGGCUGACUUCCAGUUCUCCUUGACUCUUCCCUUCUGGGCCACGGAGAUGGCCUUGGAUUUCACCUGGCCGUUGGGUCAGCCCAUGUGCAAGGUGAUCCCUUCCCUGACGAUCCUGAGCGUCUACGCCAACGUCUUCUUGCUCACCGCCAUGAGUGUCACACGCUACUGGUCGGUGGCUUCAGCCGUCAAGGACGGGUCGAGGAUGACCCCUCGGGCGGCCAAGUGGAUCACGGCCGCCCUUUGGGCCAUAGCGCUGGCGGCCACCAUGCCCACCAUAAUCUACACCACGUUGGUGGAUGUCGCCGGGGUCAAAUUAUGCAUCUUCAAGUUCCACUCCACUUACCGCUUGGGCGUCUACCAACUCCAAAGGGUGGUGUUCGCCUUCGCCAUCCCGUUGGCCAUCAUCCUGACCUCCUACCUCCUUCUCCUCCGGUUCCUCAGGACUCACCACAUCACUGGGAACAACCCAAAGAGGCAGAACCAAGUUGCCACGACCAUCCGUCUGGUGGUCGGCUGUUUCUUCAUCUGUUGGUUCCCCAACCAUGUGGUCACUUUCUGGGGGGUGCUGGUCAAAUUCAAGGCCGUCCCCAUGGGCAAAAGCUUCUACUUUAUCCAGGCGUACAUCUUUCCACUCACCACUUGCUUGGCUCACGCUAACAGUUGCCUCAACCCCGUCCUUUACUGCCUGAUGCGCAACGAGUUCCGGAAAGCGAUGAAGGAAACCUUUCGGAAACUCUCCUCCGUGACUUUCUCUUACCAGUACUUUUCUUCCCCCAAGACUUUGGAGGAGGGAGAGCGGGUGGCGUUGCCCAUGAGUUGCUCUGAAAACCCCAGCAACCCUCUAAGCGGAGGGAAGGAAGACUCCACCCACUCCACCAUGUUGGACCUGAAAACCAGGGAAGCCAACUCGGAAGAUAGAAACGUGCGGUAG